AUGAACGAUUCAGAUGACUCAACGCAUUCACAGCUAAUGGAAAGUGUUUCCGUGGAUGAGAGUAUCUCGGGUAAUGUCACCGAAACGCUCGCUAAAGUGUCAUCUAACAACGCCAAUAAUACACCUUCAUCUCCGGCAAACAACUUGGUGACACCAACCCACUACGAAGACGAUAUCAAUGUGGAUGACGACAUCAACGAUGAUGUCCCGCCGUCUUUACAGCAAGAAACACUUAUGGAG